UUUUUAGAGGCUUAAAAGCACCUGCAUCAUCCUCAUCACAUGGUGAAACAGUUAAUUAGAUAAGAAAUGAUUUAUUACUUUUCAAAGCAAGUCGAUUUUUAAAGGAAUUUGUUUAAGAAAAAUUUUACAUCAACAUUAAUCAGUUCGUAGUAUAACUUAAUUUUACGCUAUCAAGUAAGCGAUGCAAUUUUCCAAGUAAUUAAAUAAAGCUCUCAUUUCAAGGAUAUGUUCAGUAUAAAUACUGAAAGAAAAAUGGAUUUUUCAUCAGAUCACUUCUUGCUUCUGUGACGAGCACAUCCAGACCAAGAUGCGUUAUAUUCUUAUAUUUGUCUUCGCUGUUGCCAUCAUCACCCUGACAGAAGCAACCUACAAGAAGAUACCGUUUAAUGGCUCCAUUUUUGGUAAAAGAACAACAAACGAUAUUGAUGCGAAUCACGCACUAAUUGCAUUAUGCGAAAUCACAACUGAGACGUGCGAGGCGUGGCUCAACCAGAUAUUAGACAACAAGUAGUCUUCAUUCGAAAUUCGAAUUCCUACACCACAGCACACAUGGACAUGAUUCGAAAUUCAAAACGAGCUAUAUAGAUAAAACUUGAGUAUUUUAUUAUUGGGUGAAAAUACAUGUAAAAAUUUGUUUACUUAUUUCA